ACCCAGAUAACGAAAGCGACUGGAUCGUCUGCAACUGUAGAGAGGUGUAGUAGAACGUUGACUGAGCGAAAGAAGGACUCGUGACUUGCCAGAUCGAAUGUUUGGUACUUUUGCAUUUCUUGUUUUAAGCAGAUAUUACUAGGGGCAAAUAUUACCAUUGCCCUAAUUUCUCCGACACAUUGUAUGCCGAUUCCCCAUUUCUGGUUCACUGACAUUAUGGGUGCCAACAGUUUUUUGAACAUUUAGACUAUUCACUGUUUAUUAAUGAGUUUCACUUCGUCGUCGAAACACAGACUUUUAGAUAUUACUGCUUGCAGGGACGAAAUAGCCCUUAUUAUCGAAGAAAUUUCUACGAAGGGAAGUUGUCACUUUUACCAAUAUUAUUGUAUAAGUUUCUGUUUUAAUAACUUUGACUUUAUUUACUCGGCCUAGCUUACGUUUUUCUUUAGUGCCAUAUACGAAUCGUAAGGUAUAAAAAUGCUAUAUAUUGUUUAAAUUUUUAAAAAAUGUGAAAGUUUUAAAAUUCGAGAGAUUUAAAAAUAUAAACAAUUGGUAACAAACUUUAAACCACACGCAUAAUAUAUUUUAUUCUGGAUUUUCAUUUUAGUUUAAAAAGGCGUAGUUAUAUUUUUCAUGCCUUUGGUAAUACUAUCAAUCUUUGGAUAACUGGUUCUAUGCGUGAGAAAAUAAAAGACAGAAAUAUAUAAUAUAUAUUCAACGGAUAAACAGGAAAAAGUCUGCUAUUACUAGCAAUAUUUUUUUACCAGUGUCUCGUUACUUAACAUUAAGUGAUAACUGAUGACACCGUACGUUGUCGAUGAAGAUAAAAACAACUCUACUCCAGCAAAACCCAAAUCCAUCAUGGUCCAUAAUUUGAUGAAUGGAGAAACAGCCCAACCAGAAAAUGAAUCUAAGCCUAAUGGCGAAACGAACGGCAUAUCCGUAGAUGCGGUUCCAGAAAUGAGGUUCAGCGGAGGAGGUACGCCUGUUACCCCAUCUAAAGGAAUCAUCAAUGGUCGAGCGGUAGGAGCCCAAACCUUGUUAACUAAUGGCAAAACAAAUGAAGGAAGAGUGUUAAAAAGAGUUUCUUUCGGUAGUUCGAAGGGAUCUAUGGUUGAAACACUCAUCUAUGACCACCAGGAUGACCCACUGGAAUUUCCCGUGUACAUCGUUCCUCUAGCGGUUAAUGGGUGAGUUAUUCACUAAAAUCAAUGCUUCUAUGUAGGAGUAGUG